AUGGCGCAGAACCAUCGAAUCUACUUGUUUGGAGAUCAAACAUAUGAUAUUGAUGCUCCCAUGCGAGAGCUCCUGCUCCAUUCAGACCCCAUAUUGACGUCCUUUUUUGAAAGAACCUUGCAUGUUCUACGACUUGAGAUCAGCCAGCUACCCAGUCAGGUUCGCUAUGAAUUCCCUCGAUUCUCCAGUAUCGCGGACUUGGUCUCACGGCGACGGGAUACCAGACUUCAUUCUAGUCUUCAAAUGUCUCUCGUCCUAAUCUAUCAACUGGGGUCUUUCAUUCGGAUUCAUUCAGAAGGGGGACUGGUGUAUCCUACUGCUUCUGAUACUCACCUCUUGGGCCUCUGUACUGGAGCCUUUGCCGCUGCAGCCAUCAGCUGCUCACGCUCCUUGGUCGAGUUGCUUCCAGCCGCCGUACAAACGGUACUGGUAGCUUUCCGAACCGGUCUGUGUGCCGGCAGAAUUGGACACUGUAUUGAGCCAACUGCCAUUGGCUCCAGGGAAUGGUCGAUGUUGAUUUCUGGAAUGGAAACUCAGACAACCCAAGAUGCCUUGAGAGAAUUCUCUGCUACGAAGUCCCUUCCUCACAUGUCUCAGCCUUAUAUCAGCGCAUAUGCUCCCAAUUGUUUGACUGUUAGUGGUCCUCCUUCUAUUCUGGAUGAGCUGCGCCAGUCUUCCGCAUUCGCGCGUGUAGCCUGCAAAUCAAUUCCGAUACAUGCACCCUAUCAUGCUCCCGUGCUUUUCACGAAGGUAGACAUUGAAGAAAUUGUCGCCUCAACAAUUACCGACCACUGGGCGUCCUACCAUGCUCAAUUACCUGUGAUUUCAGGCGCCACCGGGCGCUUGAUAUGGGCUAGCAACUUCCGUGCUCUGCUACUGUCUGCAAUUGAAGACGUGCUUCUUCAACCAAUCCAUUGGCUCAAGAUUCAGGAUGGCUUUAAUACUAUCUUGCCGUGUAUCUCCUUGGUCAACUAUGAGGUCAUCCCCAUUGGGACCCAGGCUGAUUCUAUCCUGUCACGGAUCAUGCAACAACCGACAACGAACCCAAUCCCUGCCCUGUCAGAGAAGCAGCAGCGUCCACCGACUCCCAAUAACAAAGCCAAAAUUGCCAUCGUCGGCAUGUCUGGUCGUUUUCCAGGCGCUAACAAUACCGAGGCCCUUUGGGAGCUACUCUCACAAGGGUUGGAUUUGUGCAAGGAGGUUCCUGCCAAUCGAUGGAACGUCAGCACGCAUGUCGAUCCUACAGGGAAGCGCAAAAACACUAGUAAAAUUCGCUGGGGCUGCUGGCUGGACAACCCCGACCUAUUCGAUGCACGCUUCUUCAACAUGUCCCCUCGGGAAGCCCCCAAGUCGACCCCGCGCAACGCAUCGCUUUGCUUACUGCAUCGCGUUGGUGUCUUCUUUGGCACUACCAGUAAUGACUGGUGCGAGAGCAAUAGCGGGCAAGACAUCGACACCUACUAUAUUCCCGGGGCUAAUCGUGCAUUCAUCCCUGGGCGAAUCAACUAUGUCUUCAAGUUUAGCGGGCCGAGUUACAGCACCGACACUGCAUGUAGCUCCAGCUUGUCUGCUAUUCACGUGGCGUGCAACUCUCUUUGGCAGGGAGACAUUGACACCGCCAUUGCUGGUGGUACGAACUGUCUAACAAAUCCUGACAUGACCGCCGGAUUAGACCGUGGCCACUUCCUAUCAACAACUGGUAACUGCAAGACUUUCGACGAUAUGGCAGAUGGGUAUUGCCGUGGUGAGGGAGUGGCUACUGUUGUGCUCAAGCGACUGGAUGAUGCUUUGGCUGAUCAUGACCCUAUUCUCGGAGUGAUUCUGGGUGCAUAUACCAACCACUCGGCGGAGGCAGAAUCCAUUACACGGCCUCACGUCGGCGCACAGAAGGCCAUCUUCGAGCGUAUAUUGAACCAUUCCGGCGUGCAUCCGUACGACGUUUCUUACAUUGAGAUGCACGGCACCGGCACUCAAGCAGGAGACUCGCGCGAGAUGGCUUCAGUGCUAGCUACAUUCGCGCCGUAUUCAACGGGUCAUCAAAAGCGCAGUGAUGAGCAGCCUCUAUAUCUAGGCGCAAUCAAGCCCAAUAUCGGACACGGCGAGUCUGUGUCAGGUGUGACUGCGUUGAUGAAGACGCUGCUGAUGAUGCAGAAGAACGUGAUCCCGCCCCAUUGCGGCGUCAAGACGCGCCUGAAUCAAAAGUUUCCAACAGACCUUGCGCAGCGCAAUGUGCAUAUCGCGUUUCAGGCCAGUGACUGGCUACGGCCGCAAGGCCAGCAAACCCGGCGUGCCUUUAUCAACAAUUUCAGCGCUGCUGGUGGUAACAGCUCGAUCUUAGUAGAGGAUGCGCCCGUGCCUACUCCACUCAAUUGCAGUGAUCCUCGUUCCUCCCAUGUUGUCACUCUCUCGGCGAAAUGCGUCUCUUCGCUCAAAAGCAAUGUCGAAUCGCUUUUGAAAUAUCUGAGAAGUCUGUCAAGCAGCGACGAUCUAGUAGUCACUCUUCCUCAACUUUCAUAUACUACGACAGCCCGACGAAUCCAUCAUCCGCAUCGCGUUGUAGUGACCGGUUCAAGUAUGGUGGAGAUUGCCUCCAAUUUGAAAGUGGUCUUGGAGGAAGAAUUUACAUUUCCCCGUUCAGGGCCAUGCCCCAGAGUCGUCUUUACAUUCACCGGUCAAGGUGCACAAUAUCCUGGAAUGGGUCAACAAUUGUUCAACACGCUAUCGCUGUUUAGAUCUGAGUUACGUCGGUUUGACCGACUUGCCCAAUCUAUGGGACUCCCAUCAUUUUUAUCCAUUUUCCUGGACGUGACAGAAAGUCAACUGGAUGAUUUUACCCCCACGGUUGUCCAACUAGCCAAUACCUGCAUGCAGAUUGCGCUGGCCCGUGUUUGGGGCUCAUGGGGCAUCACGCCUUCAGCAGUGGUUGGCCACAGCCUCGGCGAAUAUGCCGCGCUCAAUACCGCAGGAGUGCUGUCGGACGCAGACACUAUCUUCUUGGUUGGCCGUCGGGCGCAGCUGCUCGAGGAGAAAUGCCAUAGGGGAACUCAUGCAAUGCUUGCAGUCCUAGCAUCGGUGGAGCUGAUCCGUCCUGCUUUAUUGGACAGCACAGUUGAAAUCGCAUGUAUCAAUGCGCCUGGGGAAACGGUGCUUGCUGGGCCACGCGCACAAAUUGCAGAUAUACGGAAGAACCUGAUGGCGCAGAAUGUCAAAUGCACCCUACUGCAGGUACCUUUCGCAUUUCACUCUUCGCAAGUGGAUCCGAUUCUAAAGGACUUCGAAUUGUCCGCGAAAGGGGUCACCUUCCGCGCACCGUCUAUCCCUGUGAUCAGUCCCCUACUGGGAACCGCUAUUUCAAACUUAGGCACAUUUAGUCCGGAAUAUUUGGCACGGCAUUGCCGUGAGCCGGUAAACAUGCUACAGGGCUUGCAGACAGCGUCUGCUGAAAACAUUAUCACAUCAAAGAGUAUCGUGAUUGAGUUUGGACCCCAUCCAGUGGUCCUCGGCAUGGUCAAAUCGUGUCUGGGCAAUGAAAUCACUUGUCUGUCUACCCUCCGCCGCAACAAAGACCCUUGGAAAAUCCUAGCGAACAGUAUCUCUGCGCUGUACAGUGCUGGUGCGGAUAUCGAUUGGUCCGAAUACCAUCGCGAUUUCAGUGCGGCGCAGCGCGUGCUACCUCUACCGUCGUAUUCAUGGGACUUGAAGUCGUACUGGAUUCCAUACAAGAAUGAUUGGACCCUGUACAAGGGUGAUCAUGUCUGCAAUGGCAAUGCUGCUCCUGAAAAGAUCGUCCACGCUCCUCCCCUUCCUGCGCCAACGACAACCACGCUACAUCGGCUGGUGGAAGAGAAAUCGGAUUCAGAGAAAUUCGUAGUCAUCUACGAAUCUGAUGUUUCGCGCCCGGACUUGAAUCCUCUCGUUCAGGGUCAUAAGGUGGAAGGCUUAGGAUUGUGUACCCCAUCAGUCUACGCUGACAUAGGGUUUACAUUGGGCAAUUAUUUCCUUGAUCGAUUCUCUCAGCAGCUUAAAGGAAAAGACGGUGAAAAAUAUGUCGAUAUUAUCAACAUGGUGAUCGAGAAGGCCUUGAUAGCAGAGAACGCUGGUCCCCAGUUCCUGCGUGUCGCUGCCGAAUUGGAUUGGUCCUCCAAAGAGGCUGCUGUCAGAUACUACAGUGUCGAUUCAAACCACGUGGAGUCCAUACAACAUGCCCACUGCCGCAUCCGCUUCAGUAACAAGUCCACCUUUGACAGUCUUGCCAAAGACAUGCCCACCAUUCAAACGCAUAUUAAAACAAUGCGCGAGAAUUCCUGCAAAGGGGCAAUUUUCCGGUUCAAUGGACCAAUGGCGUACAACAUGGUCCAGGCUUUGGCCGAAUUCCACCCCGAUUACCGGUGUAUUGAUGAAACGAUCCUUGACAACGAGACUUUAGAAGCCGCAUGUACCGUCAGCUUCGGCGAUGUCAAGAAGGGCGGCACUUUCCACACGCAUCCUGGGUUUAUUGACGGAUUGACACAGUCAGGUGGCUUUGUCAUGAACGCCAACACCAAGACGAACUUGGCGGCGGAAGUGUUCGUGAACCACGGCUGGGAUUCGUUCCAGCUAUAUGAGCCUGUCACGGACGAUAGAUCCUACCAAACUUACGUGCAGAUGAUACCUGGUGAAGCAAACCAGUGGAAGGGAAACGUAGUCAUCCUCGGUGGUGAUCGACUAGUUGGCAGCGUCGGAGGGUUGACAUUGCAAGGUGUCCCGCGAAGGAUCUUGCGAUACAUCCUGAAAGGCAGUGCAAAGCCUAGUAAAGCAAGCCGGCCAGAUGCUGUUCCACUCAAAGCUCCUCCUCAGACAAUGGACAAGGAGAACGCUGGAAGAAAGAAUAUGCCGCCCAAUCUCCAAAGGAUGUCCCCUGCUGCAUCAGUGGUAAGGCCUGUUCCUCCUAUCACGCCUCAAGCCCAUGAUUCUACAACAGAAUCUCGAUCGGAUCGACUGGCUCAUGCUCUUCGCAUAAUUUCUGAUCAGAGCAAUGUUCCCAUUACCGAAUUGAUGGACGAUGCGGUCUUUGCAGACAUUGGCAUUGACUCUCUCCUGGCGUUGACCAUCACCUCUGCUUUCAGCGAAGAGCUUGAUCUGGAUUUGGAUUCCUCUUUCUUUAUCGAUCAUCCAACGGUGGCCGAUCUCAAGAAAUCUUUUGGCAGCUUCAUUUCAAGCCCACCGGCCACUCAAGUAAUUGUCCCCGCUGAGGCUCGGCCCAUUGUUAUCCCACAAGUCCAGUCUUCCAGCAGGGAGCAACAGUCGGUGACACUUCCGCCGACAGACGAUGGUGUUGUCGCUGAUAUGGUCAGGCAACAACUGCAAGCCACCACUAGCACCGCCGACAAUGGCAUUUUUCAAUCAGCCCUCCACAUUAUCGCAGACGAAAGCGGCGUCAGCCCUGCUGACCUGACUGGGGAGACCGCAUUCGCGGAUAUUGGUAUUGACUCUCUGCUGGCACUGGUCAUUGGCAGUAGGCUUAGCGAAGAGCUCGCACUGGAUAUUGACGCAGAAUCCUUCUUCCAGAACUGUGUGACCGUGCUAGAUCUGCAGAACUUUCUUCAGGGCAAAAGCAGUGAAUCGCCUUCUCCACUAGUAAGGGCCCAAGACCAACCUAGCGCUACACAAACCACGCUUGUCUCUGUGUCUUCAAAGCAAACUGUGUUUGCUCCAGUAACGGAGACUUUAGGUAAGCCGAGGCCACUGCAGACUCUAGCCCAUUCACAACCAUCCCCUCUGGUUGUAGCUCAAACACAAAAGUUGGCUCCAUCAAACGAGCCAGAUCCCUCAUUUUUAGAGGUUCUACAGGUAAUCAGCGAGGAAAGUGGCGUGGAAGUCAGCGAUCUUUCCGAUGAGACGGUGUUUGCGGAUAUCGGCGUCGAUUCUCUGCUCGCCUUGGUGAUUGGGAGCCGAAUUCGAGAAGAACUUCUAUGGGACUUGGACGUCGAAUCAAUGCUGAUCAGUCAUCCCACGGUCAAAGAUUUGAAAGUGCAUAUGCGAGGAAGAGGGUCGGUGUUUCAACCUGACCAGAACCUCUCCGGCUCAUCCAUUUCCAGUUUCUCGUCCGCAUUUGCUUCGAAUGACAGCGUCAGCUCAGCCGCUGAGACACCCGGGUCCGAGUCAUCUGCAUAUGAGCUUGGAUCCAGCAUCCCUAAUGCCUCAUCCGCUGUUCUGCAAGGCUCGCCCCGAAAUGCUGAGAAGAUUUUGUUCCUGUUUCCGGAUGGUUCGGGGUCAGCCACCUCCUAUGCCUCUCUGCCACGUAUUGCGGCCAAUGUUACCGUCAUUGGUCUCAACUCCCCGUUCCUUAAGAACGGUGCUGAGAUGCGCUGCACUAUAGACGAGCUUGUGGGAAGUUAUCUGCAAGAAAUCUGUACCCGCCAGGCCACAGGGCCUUAUCACCUCGCCGGCUGGUCCGCAGGUGGAAUUCUGGCUUACCGGGCCGCUCAAAUUCUCGUUGCUCGCGGCGAGCAAGUUCCCUGCUUAGCCCUGCUGGACGCGCCUCCACCAAUGGGGCUGGGGAAGCUCCCGCAGCACUUUUUCGAUGAUUGUGACGCGAUGGGAAUUUUUGGUCAAGGGGGCAAAGCACCGGAAUGGCUGAUUCCACAUUUUAAGGGAACCAAUGCCGUUCUCAAUGGGUACUACGCGACGCCCUUUGCAACAGGUCAGGCACCCAGCAGGACAGGAAUUAUCUGGGCAAGUCAGAGCGUCUUUGAUACAAAGGGAUGCGCUCGACCGGCACUGCAUCCCAACGACACGGAGGAUAUGAAGUUCCUCACCGAGACACGAACCGAUUUCUCAGCGGGGACUUGGGGGCUAUUGUUCCCCGGGGCUCAGGUGGUUAUGGAUAAAGUGGAAGGGGCGGAUCAUUUCUCCAUGAUGCAAGAGGGGAAAUAUGCUCGUCAGGUAGCGGGGUUCUUAGCUCGGCUUUUGUCGGGGUGUUGA